AUGCGCUCAGCUGCAGUUCCAACAGCACCUGCGCCAGUAAAAACAGCAACUGCAGCGUCAACGAUGCCAUCACUUUUGACGAUGGAUUCAGUGAUUGCGGCGUUGGAGGAUCGGAUACGUCAACAGGAGCAAGGUGUAUUGCGGAAUGACAAGAGCAUAUGUUCCCAGGGGAAGCGGUAUUUGGCUCUGCAGACGUUAGGAGAGGAUCUGCAAGAUGCGCGGAAGGUGCCGCGGCAAGAGAUGGAGCCUCUUAACACCGCACACAUGUAUCCUUUGGAGGCGAAGGAUGAAGAGUCGUGCCUCACUUUGGAGUAUGAGAUAAUGAAGUGGGGUAAAAAAAAAAAAAAAGUUUGA